CCUGGCGCUGGACAGCCGAGAUCGCGCACAUCUCGCAUCUGACGUUCAGAAAACGUGCACGUCGCCGAGACGCUUCCUUUAUCACCAGCCCCGGAGCGCCAGCCGCCGCCUCCUCCUUCAUCUCCUACCCCGUCGUCGCCUCCAGCUCCAGGAACCCCAAGCUCCCCGCCGGCGAAAUGGCCCCGAAACGAGGUGGCAGGGCGCCUGUACCGGCGAAGAAGAAGGCGGAGAAGGUCACGAACCCGCUGUUCGAGAAGAGGCCGAAGCAGUUCGGCAUCGGUGGCGCGCUGCCCCCCAAGAAGGACCUCCACCGGUUCGUCAAGUGGCCCAAGGUCGUGCGCAUCCAGCGCCAGCGCCGCAUCCUCAAGCAGCGCCUCAAGGUUCCCCCGGCGCUCCACCAGUUCACCCGCACCCUCGACAAGAACCUCGCAACCAACUUGUUUAAGAUGCUUCUCAAGUACCGCCCUGAGGAUAAGGCUGCCAAGAAGGAGCGGCUUUUGAAGAGGGCUCAGGCUGAGACUGAAGGGAAAACAGUUGAGGCAAAGAAGCCUAUUGUUGUGAAGUAUGGCCUAAACCAUGUCACUUACCUCAUUGAGCAGGGCAAAGCCCAGUUGGUCGUCAUCGCUCAUGAUGUUGAUCCAAUUGAGCUCGUUGUGUGGCUCCCAGCCCUGUGCAGGAAGAUGGAGGUGCCUUACUGCAUUGUUAAAGGCAAAUCACGCCUUGGAUCGAUUGUUCACAAGAAGACCUCCUCUGUUCUGUGCCUGACCACUGUCAAGAACGAGGAUAAGCUUGACUUCAGCAAGAUCUUGGAGGCUAUCAAGGCAAACUUCAAUGACAAGUUCGAUGAGGUCAGGAAGAAGUGGGGAGGCGGUGUCAUGGGCUCCAAAUCGCAGGCGAAGACAAAGGCCAGGGAGAGGCUCAUCGCCAAGGAGGCGGCACAGCGGAUGACCUAAUUCUAGCUUCUGCUAAGCAUGCCCUGUAGUAUCCCUUUCAGUGCGGUGUUUUUGACGAGCAACUCGAACUCAUCUAGCUCUUUGAAAUCGUAUUGUGGUUUUCUGAUUCUUGUUUCAUUCGCGGGACCAUGAUGGAAACUAUGCAAAGAUAAGAGUUUAUAUGUCCUAGUCCUACGACUCUUUUGAGUCAAGUGAGCUUGAGAAUUACGCGA